UAUGAUACUGAAUGCUGAUAGUGUUGGAAUUGGGUUAAAAUUCCAACUGCUUGCAUGUAAAAAUUUGCAUGUAUUGUGCCAUGAUGAUGGGCAGAGUACCUCCCAUGAUGUACCUGCCACCUCAUCUCCUUUGUGUGCAUGUUAAUCACAGCAUUUAGAACAUAGCUUAUCAUCACAGGAAUAGGCCGUGCCUCAACUCAGACUUGCAAACUCCUCCGCUCCUCUUGCCUUCUAAUUCAGCUCCAGCCUUUCCAUUUUUUAAAAAAAUUAACCAUGGCUUAUUGUGUGGUCCAAAUCCAACAAACUGUGGUUAAUGUAAAUUGUGGUUUGUUUCACAUAAACCAACAUCAAACCAUGGUUUAUGAUGUUGACUUUUUGCAAUGUAUGUUAGCCAUCUUGCGGGGAGCAGGGAGGUGUUUUUAAAAGGUGGGGUGCAAAUUAUUCAAAUAAACCAAGAAGACCCUGAAUAUUUGUGGUUAACAUAAAUUGUGGUUUGUUUGACAUAAACCAACAUCAAACCAUGGUUUAUGACGUUGACUUUUUUCAAUGUAUGUUAGCCAUCUUGCGGGGAGCAGUGAGGUGUUUUUAAAAGGUGGGAUGCAAAUUAUUCAAAUAAACCAAGAAGACCCUGAAUAUCUUCUAAACUGAUGCUCCGCUAAUUGCCUUAAUUUAUAUAUUUAUCCUCAUCUACAGCCCCAGUCUACUAGUACAACUUACACAGUGGUACCUCAGGUCACAGACACUUCAGGUUACAGACUCUUCAGGUUAUGGACUCCGCUAACCCAGAAAUAGUAUCUCGGGUUAAGAACUUUGCUUCAGGAUGAGAACAGAAAUCGCGCAGCGGUGGCACGGCGGCAGCAGGAGGCCCCAUUAGCUCAAGUGGUACCUCAGGUUAAGAACAGUUUCAGGUUAGGAACGGACCUCUAGAACGAAUUUAAGUUCUUAACCUGAGGUACCACUGUACUAACUUCCAGACCCUUCAAGCCACACAUGGAAGGAGUUUUGUGGGACUGUAUUCACAAUUUCAGACAGAAAGCCAUAUUGGUAGCCUGUGGCAUGAAAAACAAUUCAAAGAGAAGAGUUUAAGCCCCUUACAAAUUCUCUCUUGUCUUCCUACUCCAGUUUAUAGUUAUCAUUUUAUUAUUUACCGGUAUAUAGUUCCAUCUGGAUCCAUGGUACUUUCCAAAGUAAAAGAGGUGAGGUUUGUUCCAUUUGGCAGAAGGAAGGAGAUGGGGACAGGAUUGGUGGGGGUAGGGGUGGCAUGCCUUUAUUUGUGUUACAGAGCCUUAGUUAUAGCUGCAUAUGAGACAAAGGGGUUGUCCCCAAGGUUUCCUGGGGAACAGAGAGAGGUGCAACACAUUUCUAAACAAAACUACCUGAGAAUUCUUCUUUCUGCUUAGAGAAAUCUAAUAGAAUCUUUACACCACCAUGGCUUCAAUGAUUGGUCAAAGGCUUUUCUCCUCCCAAAUUAGACAUCCUCCCUCUCUCCUCCACGGUCUACAAAGAAUUUAACAACAGAGGCUCAUGCAUUGUUUCCUCCCCCCCCCAAGUGCCCUUCAGCUGAAAUUGAUUUGAACAAAUUAAAUUACAUGCCAACACGCCCACACGAUUACCGCUAGAGCACGGCUAGAAUGGUGCCUUUCUUUGGGGGGCGAUUGCAAUAACAUUAUGCUUGGUGGAGCUGUGAAUGGAGCAGAUGAAAGAAUGCCUCAAUUUUCACUAGUGCCCAUGAAAUGUGAUAAGUUAAACAAGAACGAAAAUGCUAGGCAAAAAAACAAAACCCAACAGAACGGCGGGGAAGGGAGAUGAAAGGGGAACUUCAAACAGAUGGCCAUCUAGAGAACAUCGGGUGGAAGGUUUGCCACGGUAUGGGACAAGAUCACUAAGCUGUGGGAAGCCAUGGAGGACACGGCACAAAACAGCAGAAUAAACUGUCCUGGAAAAUGUAUAGUUUUCGGUUUUAAAAAUCAGAGUCAGAACUGGAUGCUGUAAUCUGUUGGAGCGCAGCUAGGCACUGGCUAACUGCAAUUCGGUCUUUUAUUGCUGGACUCUGGUGUUCCUGGCGUCUACUACUUGGCUAGCUCAGUUGGUUAAAGCAUGGUGCUGGUCACACCAAGGUCGUAGGUUUGAUUCCCAUAUGGGGCAGCUGCUUAUUUAACCGUGUGCCCUGGAACUUCCAAUAAUCAACUUCAUUGGGUAGCCCUGGUUUUUAGAAUUAUAAGAGGGAGAAAAAUGUAAACUCUUAUAAUUCUGCCCAGAUUUGAAAGGAGCAAUUAUCACAGGUGUGCUACCGCAUGACAGCCCUCAGACAUUUAUGGCGUACAUUGUGAAAUAGCCGGUGUUAUCUAUCUAUGCUCCUAGGACUUUUCUUAAAGGACAAGUUCACUAUAUUCCCUAAACUGUUCAUGCAAGUGUAUAAACGUACCAGCUUUGCUCUGGAUCACCUAAUGCUGAGACAACUCAUAGCAGCUUGUGGAUGUACACUGAACCAGGCCAUUGAGCGGCUUUAUUUCCUGAGCCACCAAGGUGACAUUAUUCUAAUUAUUUUGCCACAGUUUUUGCAAGCUGGACUGUAUUCCUCAUGCGUGCUAUGUAGCCUGUAAUGGCAGCUGAUUUGGAACUCAGCUGAGUUUUAUGUGCUGCUCCCUCACUUGGUUUUCCUUUUGCUGCGGUUGAAAAUAGUGCAGCUUGAUAGGAUAUAUACCCAUAUCCAUCAGAUAACAAGUAUUUAAUAGAAUCAUAGAGUUGGAAGGGACGCCAAGGGUCAUCUAGCCAACCCUCUGCAGUGCAGGAAUCACAUCUAAAGAAUCACUGGGAGAUGUCCAUCCAACCUCUGUUUAAAAACCUCUGAUGAAUUGCAAGCGGUGACUAUUUUGUGCAGGCUUCCUCAACCUCGGCCCUCCAGAUGUUUUGAGACUACAAUUCCCAUCAUCCCUGACCACUGGUCCUGCUAGCUAGGGAUCAUGGGAGUUGUAGGCCAAAAACAUCUGGAGGGCCCAGGUUGAGGAAGCCUGAUUUUGUGUAUGCCCAAUUGACAUGUGCCUGCUGGCGCAUGGGUCCUUUUGGACUGGAAGAGGGCAGAACGGGGGUUGGAGCAGGCUUGUGCAAGCUCUGCCAAUGUCCAUGGGGGCCAGGAUUGGAAGCCCUGCACAAAAUGGUUGCCACCUAAAUAGGUGGACGCCUAUGUCCUGUAUAGUCCACCUGCUGCAUUGGACACAAGAUAACAGUUUCUUUCUCGGAAGGCAUACAGAGGGCAGUGCAAUCAAUCUUCUAAAUCCUAUCCACAGCCAUGAUCCACAGUUAAGAACCAAAUGCCAGGCUAAACAGGAACAUCUUUGCCUAGUGCCUAAAAGUUGAUAAUGAUGGUGCCAAGCACAUCUCUCUGGGGAGCGUAUGCCACAAUUGCGAAGGUCCUUUCUUCCACUGCCUCCCUGCAUUCAAUCCAUAUUCAAUCCAUAUUCUCGCUUGCUUCUCUGGGUGCAUUUGUUCAUGAUUCCAGGAAGGCUGUUUUGUUCUGUGCUGUUACAGGGCAGUUGAUAGGAUUCCUGUGUUGUUGUUUUUAAUUUGGACAGUUGCCUCCUGAAAUCUUUAGCCCAGCCAUAGAUUUUUGCAGUAGCGAUCAGGUAAUUAGGUCACUAGGUAGUUGGUAAUGAGAUUUAAGUCCAUCACUUAUACUUGCAGGAUAUCAAAUUAAUACUCCAGGGAAGAAAAGAAAAAAACACCUCGAUAUAUAUAUUUUUUUACCACAACCCCAAGCCUCUUAAAAGCUUAACUCCACAAAGCAGAGUGAAGUUGUAUAAUGUGUCUGAGGAGGAGAACAGGGAGAGGGUUUGGGGAAAUGUAUUUUAUAGUAGAUUUGAUAAGGUUAGCAUGGAGAUAAGAGUGUAAACAGUGGGUCAUCUGGGAAGGAAGCUUCCUUUGGGUUGGAGAACGGAAGAUACAGCCCAUAUGCAAAGAUGAAAAACUGCCCGGCUAGGUGAAUAUGCUUGCAUUGCUCAUGCAUCCUAGUGGGAUUUUCUAAAGAUCUUCCAAGAAAUGUUGAUUUGUGCUUUUCCAGUUUGAGCCACUGGGAAUUACCAGGCCUGUCUCUCACAUGUCCUAGAACUGAUGUGUCUCAUUAUCGUGUUGUUGUUGUUGUUGUUGUUGUUGUUGUUGUUGUUGUUGUUGUUGUUGUUGUUGUUGUUGUUAUUUGCAGGUACUAAUGCUUAGGGCCUAAAUAGCAAUAAAAGUAUUAACUUCUCUGUUUAGGGCUGUUUAGUUGACUGAUAGGCUGAUCUAAAGCAGAGCACAGAGUACGCAUCUGCCAUUGUCAGAGUGAUCAUCGUCUUAGAGCAGUGUCAUGACUUUUCAAAGGCUUAAAAUGAGUGGAUGCAAUAAUCCAAUUCCCCCAUUAACCUGUCUAUGGUUGGCUGAGGCUUAAAAGGUCCUUUUAACCGCUUGAAGGGUGUAAGUGAGCAUAUUCAAGGGCUUUCUUUGAUCUAAAGCUUUCCUGUUGCCAGCCACUAGUCUAUCCUGAACAGUUUAUUUGCAAUGUCUUGCUGAGCAACCCAAACCACCAUUACACCAACGCCUGGCAAAGGUGUUCCUCUGCUCACCACUGGAAUGACAUGGAGUGACAUCAUCAACUCUGGAAUCAGCCCUGAUAUAAUGUGAAGAUUUGCGGAGGUGUAGGAAAGUAAGAAAUCAGUAUAAAAACAAUUACUAAAUAUGCCAGUCAAAUAUGCUGUGAAGCCAUUGGGGGGUUGGGGGGUGGGGAAGCAAGAAAAAACAGUCAUUCCUGAAGAUAUGCAUCUGUAUGCAUGCUGCGAGUCUUUCGAUGUGAAUUUGAGACGGCUGUUCUUCUUCCCAUCUAUCACUUAUUUUGUUCUGAUGACUGCAGCAAUGCCCUUGGGUCUACUGAGAGCACAUUUGCAAUGGUGUUUAUUUAAUGCUAAACAAACAGAAUUAUCUGAAUUUAUUUCAGCAAUGUCGGCUUGAUGUUAGGCAUAUAAAUUCCACUCAUCCUGGAUCACAUGGCAUUUCUUGUGACUCCAAAGGAAGGCAAAUCUCCAGAAACAGCACUCUCAAUAUUGGGAGUUCGCUGGUAGUUCCACUGACCUUUCAAGCAGGUUGGUGCUCUCGGCCACUGCCAGUAUUUUGCUUUAGUUGCCUGCUGCUGUAUGAUUGCUCCAGGCUGCAAUACUAAGACACAUUUACAAUCGCAUUGAAUUGAUCAAAAAGGAUGCUGCCAAAGUAUUUCUAUUUCCUUAAAGCUAGUUUUAAUUGCCUUCUGCUGGCAGACAGUAGAACAUACUGCCAAUGUUUCCCAUGGCUUAAGAGACAGUGAAGGUACUAAGAGUUCGUUGGCCACAUUUGAUUGUUCUCCCAAAACAAUAAAAAGAAAUACAGUUGAACCUUGAUUCUCGAACGGCUUAGUUGACGAACAAAUGGGCUCCUGAAUGCCAAAAACCUGGAAGAAAGUGUUCCGGUUUUGGAAUAUUUUUUGGAAGCCGAAUGUCUGGUGCAGUUGUUGGCUAUUGUUUCUGGGGCGCCUGCACCAAUUGGAAACCAUGCCUUGGUUUCGGAAGUCAAACAGACUUCCGGAACGGAUUACGUCCAAGAACCAAGGUACCACUGUAUAAGAAAAAGACAUUAACUGUUAGGUGAAGACAAACAAUGCCUUUUUCCUAUCACAAGCCAAUGGCAUUUCAUUGUCCUGCAUAAAUCCCUACAAAUUUACUGGCACACGUAAACUCAUUGCCAUAUCAGCUUAAAUAAGGGCACAAUUCAAACUCACCCCUCCUACCCACAGGGCACUGAAGACCCACUGCUGCAGCCACAGCAACAGUAAACCCAAUACCAACCGGUGAUGAUGGCAGUGAGACUGACUAAGGACGCAGAAGAUCCUAGGCCAGCUCAGUCCCACCCUGCUGCGCCCUUCAAACGACCUAUUUAGGGGCUUUCCGCUGGCUCCUUCCAACAAGGUGUUCCAACACCUGUUGCUGGCCUUGGACUUCAGUAUUCUACACACACACCCAAUCCCUACCAGGACCAAGUAGCUUCAUGCCACUCUAUUACAUUUGCCUCCCCCAAUGCCCUAGAAGUUGUGGGGCUCCACAGCAUUGCAGGAAGGAAAACGUGGCAAAUACAAAAUUAAAUAUGGUAGCCAGAAGCCACUUGGCACUGAAGCACCAUACAAAAAAAAGUUGGUGUUGGUGUUUUACAGUCGUUCAUUGUGGCACAGGGGUUACACAAUCUGUUUACUUUUGUAUGUAUACUCAUUCAAACAUCUUUUUUUAAAAAAAACAACAGGUUUUAAAGCAUUGCUUCCACCUCAGCUGAACCACUGAUCCAUGUGUGUUACUUUAUUAUUUGCAGGGGGGGGGAGUACAGUCUGAUAUGACACAUAUUUUCCAAUACUGCUUUGAGGGUGCAAAGCUGACAAAUUUGAUGCAUUGAUUAGAUGGCACCACCCAAAUGUGUGUGUGUGUGUGUGUUUGCUUCUUUCCACUGGGAAAUUCCCCUCUUCAUUGCCUCAAUAAAAAGAACAGGGGAAAUGAAAAUAAUGGCAUAUGCAUAAAGCGUGAAGUGAAAAUGGACAGUUAGUAUCUGGCAUAAUUAUGGCUGUUGCUUUAGUCUCAGUGGGAUAGCUAGAAGUUUUGUAUGCGUUAGUCACCAGAACUGUUAGAAUGCUUUGUGUUUUUUUAAAGUCAACCCAUUUUGAGACUUCAGUACAGGGUAAGCUAAAAUCUAAAUAAAAUACAGCAGCCAUAAGAAGAGUGGAAGUGGACGGGUGUUCUUUGCAGCUGCCCAGCAGAUACAUUACAUUCUUCCCGUGGAGGGUCACUGGGGGCGUGUCUGUAUAUGACACUCUCCACUGGAUUGGACACACCUUUGGGGAGUUUGCGCCCUGAACUGUACCAUUACGUAAAGCAAGCCAACGUGUUGCGAAUUCGCUCUCUUGCGAUCCAGGUCAAUGAUACUUGGUGCUAGGAGUGGGGGAAAUGAUUCUGUGGUCGCCCCAGUCCGUGUAGUGAAUUAUACCAAACAUUUCAGCAGAUAAAGUAAAUAGGUAAAAGGACACCUGGACGGUUACGUCCAGUCAAAGGCGACUGGGAUUGUGGUGCUCAUCUCGCUUCAUGCCGAGGGAGCCGCCGUUUGUCCACAGACAGCUUUACAGGUCAUGUGGCCAUCAUGACUAAACCGCUUCUGGCGCAACAGAACACCCUGACAGAAACCAGAGCGCAUGGAAACGGUGUUUACCUUCCCGUUGCGAAUGGGACGAUGCUCAAGGGAGAAUUGCAAAUACCUUCACCCGCCGCCACACUUAAAAACACAGUUGGAGAUCAAUGGACGCAAUAACCUGAUUCAGCAGAAGAACAUGGCCAUGCUGGCCCAGCAGAUGCAACUAGCCAAUGCCAUGAUGCCUGGUGCCCCGUUACAACCAGUGAACCAUAUGCCUCAGACAUUCCAAAAAAGAGGGGGGGAGGGAUCUCCAUAUUUCAUCGACACUGAUUCCAUUUAUCAAUACCAAACACUAAAGAGAGCCCUAGACCAAUGGUCUUCAGCUGAUGGGUCGGGACCCACUACCGGGUCGCAGACUGAUCUAAGAUGGGUCGCAACAGAAGCGCUACCACAAUACAAAUAUAUGCCAAUGUUUUCAGUUGCACCAAGCUUAGCCACCAAUGCUUCAACAGCCUUUAACCCCUACUUGGGGCCUGUCUCUCCUGGUUUGGUCCCAGCAGAGAUUCUGCCGUCAGGGCCAAUGCUGGUUGCGGGGAAUCCUGGCAUGCCAGUUCCUGCUGCUGCUGCAGCAGCCGCACAAAAGCUAAUGAGGACAGACAGACUGGAGGUAUGCCGAGAGUACCAGCGUGGCAAUUGUAACCGAGGAGAAAACGAUUGCCGGUUUGCCCACCCUGCCGACAGUGCAAUGAUUGAUACCAAUGACAACACCGUUACCGUCUGCAUGGAUUACAUCAAAGGGAGAUGCUCAAGGGAAAAGUGCAAAUAUUUCCACCCUCCUGCACACCUGCAAGCUAAGAUAAAAGCUGCCCAGUACCAGGUCAACCAAGCAGCAGCUGCUCAGGCAGCAGCUACUGCAGCAGCCAUGACUCAGUCGGCUGUCAAAUCACUGAAGCGACCCCUCGAGGCAACCUUUGACCUGGGAAUUCCUCAAGCUGUACUUCCCCCAUUACCAAAGAGGCCUGCGCUUGAAAAAACCAAUGGUGCCACCGCUGUCUUUAAUACUGGUAUCUUCCAAUACCAGCAGGCUCUUGCAAACAUGCAGUUGCAACAGCAUACAGCCUUCCUUCCACCAGGCUCAAUAUUGUGCAUGACACCCGCUACAAGUGUUGUUCCCAUGGUGCACGGCGGUACGCCCACCACUGUGUCUGCAGCAGCAACAUCUGCCACAAGCGUCCCCUUCGCUACAGCAGCCACAGCCAACCAGAUACCCAUAAUAUCUGCCGAACAUCUGACUAGCCACAAGUAUGUUACACAGAUGUAGACAUAUAAUCAUCAAACAAUCAUAUAAAAGAAAAGAGGACAGUGUGACUGAAUGAAGAAACGGAACAGGUCAUUAGCCAUAAUGUAUAUACCGUCAGAUAACAGCACCCAAAUUUCCUCAGCAGUAAGACAUCCACAUAUUGCAUGUUAACAAGACGAAAUGACAACUCGGAAAUCCACUGCACACUGUUGCCUAUAUACUUUGUACAUUGAAUAGAUAUUUGUGCUGGGGUGAUCAUAUUGUCUAAAGACUACAGCAUUGUCUAUCUUUUCUAGCACACAGGUAAAGCAGCGCAUUACGCACCAGAGGUAUGCGCUGGCAGACUCGUUCCUACAUAAUCAUGUACGUCAUCUUGAAAAGACAGACUGUGAUGUAGCCCUAGAUCCAUUAUGUAUUGGUACGUCUGUAGACCAAGAUAUAAUUUUUUAAAAUAAGUUUAUUUCUUUCAAGGUUUACAAAAUAAAAUAACGAAAGGUGCACCUUGUAUUUAAAAUUGCCAUUAUAGAAGACAGCGUGCAUGCACAGUAUAAUUUUUAUUUUCCUUUCGUGUUUUUUUUUCCGCUUUUAAGAGUUAAUAUUUUUAAAUGUAAUAGAUUGUAAGAAGUGGUAAAAAGAGGUAUCUGACAGAGAUGAAUGUGCCAAGUAUAAACCACAACUGUGUAUAUUUUUAAAGCACAUCAAUGGCUUUAAGUACCAUGUUGUUAAAGAUGUUCAUGAAGUGCCAUAGACUGUAAUCAAAAGUAGAGUAUUAUUUCUGCAGUGUUACUUUUAAGAGCCACGUUUUUAAUUUUGCUUGUUUUCCUAGUUGCUAAUCAGUCAAAGGGCACCCCUUCUGUUUUAAACCAAAGCUGUCUCAGAAAUGGCCAGUUUUACCUUAGUUAACAGUAGGCAGCACAUUUUUAAAAUAAGCAAAUACCAGUCUUAAACCCAGGUUAUUCCUACACAUACUGGAUAUAUAAACCUAUAUAAAUUAUGAUAAUCCAUAAUAAUAGUUAUGCAAACUAUACCAUAUAAUAGACAAUAUACAUAUUUUUUUUUAAAAAAAACCAAACCUUUUUAAAAAAAGGGAAAAGCCAUUUCUGAGACACUGUUUGAAAAACAUUUGAGGAAUUUUCUUUCGCUUCGAAUUUCUAACCUCUGUCAGAAGUCCAAGAGACUCUAAAAGUGUUGGAGGAGAUAGAUUUUCGCUUUCUUCUCAAAUGCAUCACUUCAAAGUCACGCACUUCAAAAAAAAAAUAGUGACUCUAAUCAUGAGAGAAGCACUGACAUCAGAUGCACGAAUUUUUUUUUAAAAAAAGAAACCAAAACAAUGAGAUAAAUGGAGAUGUUAAUUAGAACUAGGUAUCGGGUGGGUUAAAUAUUGGGAUGAAUUUUAUAUGUGAUUUCUUCUGUUCAGAUUUAACUGCUUAUAGCCUUAGAAAGCCUUUACAAAAAUGAAACAAAAACAUAGAUGUGCAUUCAAGUUUUUAAGAAUGGAUUCAUCCAAAGGAAAUCUUUUUUGUGGUUUGGCUGUUGCAGCUAGUAAAGGAUAUAUUUUGCUCUGUUCAGCAAAGCUAAAGGGUUGCUGAGGUGAGGGCCAGGUCACUGGUAGUCUAUGGAAUGGAAGAGGAGAGAGUUCAGUUCUAGAACUUUCCGUACUUCCAAGUUUACUUGCAGGUUUUUAUGCUUGAGAGAUGCUUUCUAGAAAAAAAAAAGAAUGAUGUGUUGAUUUUACUGAUUGUACUGUACAUCUAUUAAAGCCUUAGAUUAUUACAUUACGGGUUAAAACCCAUACCAAUGUAAUUUCAAUCGUGUUAAGAAAGUAUAGGUGACUUCACAUGUUAUUGUAGUUUACUUACAUUAGAGAAUACUACUUAUUUUUUUUCCUUGUUAAAAUAGUAGUUUUUAUUUCUUAACAUUUAUUAGAUCAUUUUCAUUUUCUAUUACCAGACGAAUGCCAUUUCAGUUUAUAGAAUUUUGUUUUAUUAGAUUUUAACUAAUGAAUUUUUCAAAAUACAGAAAAAAAUUAAAAAGUUUUUUUUCUUCAUAGCAUAUGCAGUUUUGAAUUUACAUGUAGUAUCAUGAAUAUUCGUAUUAUUGUUAACUAAAUGAUUUAUAUUUUACUGAUUUAAUAUUACAAUGUAAGAAUAUCAGUCAUUGUUAGUUCUUGUCUAGUUUUCAUUAAAAGAACAAAGAUCUUUUAUAUGGAUAUCUUAUAUAAUCAUUGCUAAGUAAGAAGUUAAGUUGUUGCUAUUGCAACAAUCCUGGCAGACAACUGAGUAAUAUUUUGAUGAUUUAUUUUGUUUGUAAUUAAUUAUAAAAGAAAAAAUCUAGUUCCUAGAUAUCAGAAUAAAAAUUUAUUUUCUACUGUAUCCAUUUCAAAUGUUAAAAUAUUGUUUAAAUAUUUUUUUGAAAUCCCUGAAUAUCAGGCCUUGUUAUAAAUAAGCUGCAUAAUCAAUAGAUCAAGGGACUUUUUGUUGAUAAUCCAAAUACUCAAAAGUUUACGUAUAACAAGAAUUAUAAUAUGUAUGAGUGCGUGUGCAAACUCCUGAGGGUUGAUUAUGCUGCAAUUUAGCAUGUGGGGAAGUAUAGAGAGAAGGUUGACCUUUUGCACUUCUGUAUAUAGUCAAAAAUAAAAAAAUAAAAGAGAGAAACCUGUAUAAUAGUAAGAUCUUAUUUUGAAUAAAAAUGUCUAUAAAUACAAGGAGUUUUGUUAAGGCUAAUUAAAAAAAAAAAGACAGGCUGAACAAAAUUGCUUGCAAAAAAAGUGGCACAGAGUUAGCACUCCAAACCCCUUGG